AUGGAUGUGAAUGGUGAUUCUUCCAUUAAUACUACACAUCUUAACACCCAUACCGUUGUGGCCAAGGCAGAUGAUUAUUACCUCCGUUUUCCAAUACAAAACAUUGAUGAUAUUCCCGAUUACAACGAGGAAGUUGGUUUGUCCAUCAUGGCUAUUAUCAUCGGUUUUGAUUUAGAUGAGGACCGGAUCAAGGAGAUCAACAUAUCUCCGAUGAGUUCAACACCUUUAUGA